AAUGGGUUCUUGAGAGAAUGGUUGUUGGGCUGCUGGCUUAUUUAAAGACGGAUCACCGAUAUGUUAACUACCAGUUGUAUCACCAACUUCUUGAGAUAAAGACAUAUCGCUACUAGCUUUCCACAUUUUUCAACAAUUUUUCAACCAUGAACACCAAGGUAAUGAUGCUGAUGGUCUUAGCGUCCGUUAUGAUCGGAUCGUCCUUUAGUGCUCCCCAGUUUUUGGGCCGUCCAGGAGGACUCAUUGGACUUCGACGACCAGGAGGAUUCGGAGGCCGGCCAGUAUUCGGAAAUCAGGGAUUCGGCAAUCAAGGAUUUGGACCUGGUUUUGGUGGAGCCAAUGCUGCUGGACUCGGGAAUGGUGCCGUUAUUGGAAAUCAAGCCAUCGGAACAGGAACUGGUAUCGCUAACGCUGGGCCAGGUGGAUUUGGCAUUGGUCUCGGUGUUGGCGCUGCUGUUGCAACUCCAAUUGGCAACUUCGCGAUCGGAGAUGGACAAAGUAUUUCCGUCGGAAAAUAAAAUGUAAAUGUGGGUUUCCUGAACUCCGCUACUGCACAAUUUGUAGAAAGAAAAGGGAUGCCGAAAGUGCCACUUUGGUGCGAUCGAUCGCAUUGUAUUUUAUUUUUAAUUUGAUAACAAACAAAACCACCCAACUGUAAAUACGUGUUUUGUGGCCUUCUGAGUCAGGGUUGUCAACGCUGAUUUAUCCAAACUCUGGUGUAUAACACAAAUAAUAAAUAACACGAACUUUUUAAUAAAUUUUGCCAAGUUCAUCUUA